GGAGGUGCCACAGGGAGCGAGUCAAUCGAGGCAGAGGUGCGGAGCGUUCGCUCUGCAUUUGGCUACAUGACUGGUGAACGAUGAUUGUGGCCGUCUGAAGUGUCAAGCCACCGGAAGCAGACGCGUCGGAUUUUCGCCGUCGUCAUGCCGUUUCGAGGAUUUCGCAUUCCACUUCGCACAUUCGAAGCUGACGCCACACCGCCGUCACGACGAAGCCUGGAGAUGGAGUCGGCAGCCUCCACCACGCGAAUCUGCGAAGACGGGGACUCAAGUCGUCGUUGCGGUGCCAAGUUUGCCGACUUCCUCCGGAACAACCGGAGGGCCGCCAUCAUAGGGCUCGGCUGCUCGAUCGGAGUCGUCUGCAUCAUGGCCGCCGUCCUGGUGGGAACACACUCCAUCGCCGGCCCAUGUUUCCCAAGAACAGCACCCACGAUAGACGUCUGCGAAACCGACUCCUGUCAAGCAAUCGCGCAGAGACUGCAGCAGAGCAUGAACGAGUCCCUGGACCCCUGCGACGACUUCUACCUGUUCGCCUGCCAACGCUGGGACAGCGAGCGGAACGAGUCCAUCUGGGAGGCGGCGUCUAACCGCUCCCUGGAGGACUUCGAAGUUGCCAAGACGGCGCUCCUCGACGGACACUUUGAGUCCACGAACGAACCGGAGGCCUACCUCGUGGAUUUCGUGCGCCACUGCGAGAACGAACACCCACGGAGGACUGUAGAGGGCAAGGACCCCGUGAUGCUGGAGUUGGACAUCAUGGGCGGCUACCCCCUUUUUUUGCCACAAUGGAGGGCCGAGGGCUACGACUGGCUCAGGGCAGAGACACGGCUGGCCCACGUCGGACAUAACCAGGCUCUGCUUUCAGUUCGUUUUCAGAUCGAUGGUCAGCGCAGGGACCGCAGGAUUAUUCAGCUCGACACUCAAUCCUCGAUGUUCCCACCUCAACUUUUGGGCAAUGCGACAGCGGUGAAUGGACUCAAAGGAUUCCUUCGAACGGUUGCUACUCAGUACCGGUAUCCCGACGGUGGAAACAUCUCAUGGGAAAAUGACGCGUGGAUGAAAGAUAUAAACCUUCAAAUAGAAGAGAUGCUUCAGUUUGCGAGGAGCCUUAAUGAGCAAUUGAAACCUUUCAACAGCAUGCCAGAGCAGGGCGUUUCAAGGAUGACAAUUCAAGAACUUAGUAAGGCUAUAACGGAGGUAGAUUGGCUCAAGUACUUCCGCCUGCUGACGUACCCUGCUUUCGGGAACGACACAUCGCCAGUUUACAUGACAGACGAGGACGUCGUACUUGUGAGAAAUGUCGAUCGACUCCGGGCUCUUGCCAAGUUUAUGGAAAAGAAACAGCAAACAAGAGCAGUCGCAAACUACAUCGGCUACAAGUCCCUCAUAAACACCGUUUAUUUUUCACCGCGAGAACAAGUCCUCGAGACGUACUACGAGUACAUGUCACAGCAUGGGUUGAACUUCAACCGAACAGAAAAGUGCAGAGAGAUUGCCGAAAGCAUGAGACUGGUGCUUUACCAUCACUACUUCCGUAUCAACAAGGCCAGAUUAGAAAAGCAGAGAGCACUGACAAAACACAUGUUGAAACAAGCGAAGGCCCAGUUCGGUUUGACGAUACGCGCCGCUUCGUGGAUCGGCCAACACGCCAAAGAGCUCCUCCUUCGAAAGCUCGAACGUGUGAAAGCAUUGGUUGGAUACACUGACUGGCUGUUGAACCCCGACAACCUUUGGGAUUUUUACGCCAUGGGAGGGGCUCCUAACAGCACAAAGCCAUUCUUGAGAAGACUGACGUAUCACAGAAUCAAGAAGUACAGCCAGCAAAUACGGGAGCUCACUUCGCCCAGAGAACCAGAAACCUGGGAAGACAUCACCACAGUAGUGAAUGCUGCUUACAACAUACGAGACGUUAACGUCAAGGUAUAUGCUGGGAUGCUUCAACAACCCUUCCUCUACUUGGAUGCGCCAACGUACGUCAAUUACGGCACGGUCGGUUUUGUGGCCGGUCACGAGAUCAUUCAUGCCUUCGAUGAUCGAGGGAUCACGAUUGACGAACACGGCGUGGAUUUUAAGAGCGACGAGUGGGAAAGAGCGACAAGGAAAGAAUUCGAUCGGCGCAUGCAGUCCAUCAUCGACCUCUACACAACAAGGUUCCAGGUCAAUGGCAGCCACACCAGGAAUGAAAACCUGCCGGACAUGACGGCGGCUGGGAUUUCGUUCAGGUCUUACAAAAUUGACCCCGAAAGCCAGGAGGCUCCAGCGUUGCCAGGGCUUGAGAGGUACACCAACGACCAGUUGUACUUCCUGUCGUUUGCCUCGAUAUGGUGCAACAACAACGAGUAUGAUCCCAUGUCGAUAUACAGUCCACACCACGCAAGGGUGAAUGGGCCCCUCAUGAACUUGGCCGAGUUUGCACAAGCCUUCCGGUGCCCAGCAGACACAAACAUGAACCCAAAGGACAAGAAAGCCGUCUGGGCGACGUGACCUGUUCCAGCAGCUUGGGCUAACUAGGUUGACAGGAUAUGUUGCUCCGCUAGAAGCUUCCUCGCACAGAAGGGAAGAGGCUGUUUUAGAGAGAACUGCUUAGAAAUCUGGAAUUAGCUCAGCACGUUGUGCAUUCCCACUUUAGGAGGCAUACUCACAUGCUGUUGCUAUGCCCGUCUCAACCGGUGGAAGAAAACGAACCACUUUUCCUUUACCUAUGUGAAUAAGCUAGGGUGGGGGCUCGAUCGACACCUCCAAGUGGUGAGGCCAUAAUGCCGGAUUCCGGUUCGACAGGAGUGCUGCGUCGACGUCAUCAUCAUUUGACCUGGACUCGUGUUCAGUUAGCGAGAACACGAGUCCCGGCUGAACACUGACACAGCACUUGUGUUGCCCCGCGCUGUUCUACUAUAGGCUAUGUAGAAAGUUCAGCACUACGGCCUCGCUUUCUAAGAGGUGCUGGUUAGAGAGCUUGUACGUGGAGCUCAAGUUCGUCUGCUACUUUUGCAGGGGUUGUGGUGACGUCAGAACGCCGAGCUCCGAUUGGCUCCGUUCGAAGGAUAGUGGGUAGACCUCAAAGCAAGCUGCCCCGAGGUCUACCGACUAUCCUUCAAUCAGAGCCAAUUAGAACUCGGCGUUCUGACGUCACCACAGCCCAUGCAAAAAAAGCAGACGAGCUUGAGCUCCGCAUUGCAGAGGGUUUCCAACUGCUCAAUCGGGGUCACGGGGUUCACGGGCAGCGUUUGCAAUACGAGCUGCGACGAGGUGCCGGAAGCUUUGAUUGUCUGCAAACAGCUCUACCUGCUUUCCUCCUCGCCACGCGAAAACGCAGCUCACGCGCACUUGCGACCAAUUUCCGCGGGUGGCGUCCUCCAUUAAAUUGCAAACGCUCCUCGUGUUUCGAGAUGGACCCUCUUUUGCAAUCUAGGCUCUCUAUAGUGUUGGUUGGAUGGUCCCAACCUUUUUCUCCGUUGAAGGGCCAUUAUUCCGGGGGAGUGCAUUGUGAAUAAAACGGAGAGUGCGGCUGAGCACCAAUUUGAACGUUUCUUGUAGUGGCACUAUAUUUCUCGCCUUCUAAUCGCUUCACGU